AUGACAGACACUAGUGGCCAGCACCACCUUCACAAGGUCGGCAAUUGGAUGCCAGCAGACCACAAAGCCCACAAAGAAUGGUUGGGAGGAAUAAUCCGAAAGGUGGACGAGAGCGAGGAGAAAACCCUCCACCCAGUCCUAGAGGAAUUCAAACACCUCAUUGAAACAAACACCCGCGUAUACAUGCUCUUGACGGCCAUGUUCAAGGAAGUUCCACGGAAGAAGCCAUACGUGCAUGAUCCAACAGGCAACCCCGAAAUCCGUGACUAUUCCCAUUUCCUGCAUGUUCUCAAUCACCUCCUCACCACUGCACCUACGUGGACCGACAAGGCACACCGUGUCGGUCUAGUCGGUCUGCCUAUCAAUGCCGUCCUCGACUGGCCCAUGGGUACACCCAGUGGGUAUGCAGCCUUCCUAGAUCCCGAGAUCAAUGCCAUGAUCAAGAAGGUCUUGAAUGUGUGGGGCGAGUUCUUGCGCUCUCCCGCUUCUGCCGAUGUCCUGAAUGAUACCUCUCACGGAUGGUUCGGUGCGACUGGCACUCGGGAUCUCACAGCUGCUGCUAAGGUUGGUCCGAUGGCUGCGACAGAUCUGCAAUUCCAUGAUCUCUUCGAAUGUGACCCGUCUGCGCCGAACCACGGAUACAAGUCGUGGGAUGACUUCUUCACCCGCCGCGUCAAAGAGGGAAUCCGUCCCGUCGAAGACCCCGAGGAUGGAAAGGUUAUCGCUAACGCCUGCGAGUCGAAACCGUUCAGGGUUACGCACCAUGCCCACGCCCGUGACAGGUUCUGGGUCAAGGGUCAGCCCUACUCUGUGCUCGACAUGCUGGAUCAUAAUGAUCUCGCGCCGCAGUUUGUUGGAGGCACUGUGUACCAGGCCUUCUUGAGUGCGCUGAGCUAUCACCGCUGGCAUUCGCCUGUUACUGGCAAGGUUGUCAAGGCUUAUGUUGUUGACGGUACAUACUACUCUGAGCCACUGUUUGAAGGUGUUGGGUACCCGGGUAUGUCGCAGAAGGAGAUUGACAUGGCGGGCCAGGUUACUUCACAGGGAUAUAUUACUUCAGUUGCGACCCGGGCACUUAUCUUCAUUGAAGCAGAUGAGCCAGCCAUUGGCUUGGUGGCGUUUAUUGGAGUUGGUAUGGCAGAGGUUUCCACUUGCGAUAUCACUGUCAAGGAGGGGGAUCGAGUGAAGAAGGGAGAUGAACUUGGUAUGUUCCACUUUGGUGGAUCGACACAUUGUCUUCUUUUCCGGAAGGGUGUCAAUGUUUCUGGGCUCCCAGAGCCUGGAAUGGCAGAGAACAAGCCUGUUCGAAGCAAACUGGCAGUUGUCUCGUGA